AUGGAAGAAAAGUUAAAUGAAAUGGAACAAGCUGGUAUCAUCACAAGGACAUCAACGCCUUACAGUAGUCCAUUGACAUUCACUCUUAAAAAAGACGGCUCAAUUAGAGUUCUGCUUGAUGCCAGAAGCAUAAAUAAGAAAAUGGUUGCAGAAACAGAGAAACCACCUAUACAAUUAGAUGUUUUGAAUUCAUUUCACGGAGCGAAUUAUAUCACUACCAUUGACUUAAAUAAUGCAUAUUUUCAAAUUCCGAUAAAUAAAGAUGGUAGAAAAUAUACUGGAUUCACAUUCAAUGGAAAGUCAUAUGUAUAUAAUGUUUUGCCGCAAGGAUUAAAAACAUCAGUAGGAAGCUUUAGCAGAGCCAUGAAUUUAAUAUUAGGACCAGAAGUCCAAGAAUUUUGUGUGAACUAUUUAGAUGAUCUAGCCAUUAUUACAACAGGAACGUUAGAUAAACAUUUGGAGCACAUUGAUAUUGUUUUAAGUAAAUUGAACAAAGCUGGCUUAACGUGUAACUUGCAGAAAUGUGAAUUUAUUUGUAAAGAAAUUAAAAUGCUGGGUUUUAUAAUUUCAACAGAAGGCAUAAAGACAGAUCCCGAUAAGAUUCGAGCGAUCCAAGAGUUUCCAGCACCUAAAAAGAUUAAACAAUUAAGGGCCUUUUUAGGUCUAUGCAAUUUUUAUAGAAGGUUUAUACCAAAUUACAGCGAGAGCAUAAUACCGCUCUGUGAAUUACUUAAAAAGGGACGAAAGUUCCAAUGGAGCGGUAAAGAACAGAAGGCAUUUGAUUUUAUAAAACAACAAUUUAUUAAUACAAUACAAUUGCAUCAUCCAGACUUUAAUAUGCCGUAUUAUUUACAAACAGAUUGUUCCGGUGUGGGUAUGGCCGGAGUACUAUAUCAGAUAGAUGAUAAUAAUGAAAUGAGAAUUUUAGGCUAUCAUAGUAAAGCCUUAAAAGGCCCCGAAUUAAAUUGGUCUGUUACUGAACAAGAGUUUUAUGCUGUAAUAAGCUGCCUAAAGAAAUUUGAAACAUAUUUGCGGGGCAGUAAAGUAAUAAUACUAACUGAUCAUAAAGCAUUAUUGUUUAUUAAUAAUAUGAAGUUAUUCAAUGGUAGAGUAACCCGAUGGAUUUUGUAUAUAGAACAAUUUAAUUAUGAAGUACAGCAUAUAUCGGGUAGACGUAAUAUUGUUGCAGAUGUGCUAUCACGUUAUCCUCCUGAUGGCGAUUUAAUACAAGAGGAUAAAAAAUAA